UCCAGUAAGCGUUAAGAAAUGGAACCACGGCAGCCGCCAGCACCGCCACCAUCGCAGCCGUCUCGUACCAUCCUCGGAAAGUACCAACUGACGCGGUUCCUCGGCCGCGGAAAUUUCGCAAAGGUGUACCAAGCGCGCUCACUGAUCGACGGCUCUACGGUUGCCGUGAAGAUCAUCGACAAAUCCAAAACGGUGGACGCCGCCAUGGAACCGAGAAUCGUGAGAGAAAUCGACGCCAUGCGCCGCCUCCACCACCACCCUAACAUCCUCAAAAUCCACGAGGUCAUGGCCACAAAGACAAAGAUCUACCUCAUCGUCGACUACGCAGGCGGCGGCGAGCUCUUCGCCAAGAUCUCCCGCCGUGGAAAAUUGCCGGAGUCCGUCGCACGCCGCUACUUCCAGCAGCUUGUCUCCGCCCUCUGCUUCUGUCACAAAAACGGCGUCGCACACCGCGAUCUCAAGCCGCAGAACCUCCUCCUCGACGACGACGGCAACCUCAAGGUCUCCGAUUUCGGUCUCUCAGCGUUGCCAGAGCAGUUGAAGAACGGCUUGCUUCACACGGCUUGCGGCACGCCGGCGUACACGGCGCCGGAGAUCCUCUGCCGGCUGAGCUACGACGGUUCGAAGGCGGACGCGUGGUCGUGCGGUGUGAUCCUUUACGUUUUCCUCGCCGGUCACCUUCCGUUCGAUGACAUGAACAUUCCGGCGAUGUGCAAGAGGAUCAGCCGGCGCGAUUACGAGUUUCCGGCGUCGGUUUCGAAGGCUGCGCGGCACCUCAUCUACCAGCUUCUCGACCCGAACCCGAAGACCCGAAUGAGGUUGGAGUCUGUAUUUGAGAACUCGUGGUUUAAGAAAUCGCUGAGAGGGAAACCACAAGAGAGAGAAAGCGUGUUCGAAUCUGAUUUGUAUAACAAAUGUUGCGACGGUUACAAAUUGGGAAUGAACGCGUUUGAUAUAAUAUCAAUGUCUUCGGGGUUGGAUUUGAGGGGGUUGUUCGAAACGAUGUCGUUGGAUGAGAGGAGGAAGAGAGAGAAGAGGUUCACUUCGAAUCAGAAGGUGGAGGUUGUGGAGGAAAAGGUGAAGGAGGUUGGUGGAAUUUUGGGGUUUAGGGUUGAAAUUGGGAAGAAUGGGGCAAUUGGUUUGGGUAAGGGAAAGGUGGCUAUUGUUGUUGAAGUGUUUGAGAUUGUGCCUGAGUUGUUGUUGGUCGCUGUUAAAGUGGUGGAUGGUGGUUUAGAGUUUGAGGAGCUUCACUGGGGUGACUGGAAAAUUGGUCUUCAAGAUGUUGUUCUUUCAUGGCAUAAUGAAUCACCACCAUGCAUGUGAUGUGAUGGUAUACACAAUUUUUAUUUAUAUUUUAGGUCUUAAAGGAAUUAUGGGUGAAUUAGAUAUGUGGUUUGCAGUAUCGUUUAGAACAACACAAUAGUCACUUUUGUACAUGAAAAAAAAGUAUGGUUGCUAGCUAAUGUUUGUGUUGUUUUGCUUUGAAUGAAUAACUAAAUUUUAUGUCUUC